CGGUGCGCGGGGGCUGCCGGGAGGCGCCUCCCGUGGUGCCCCGCGGCGGCGGUGGUCGGUGCGGGGGGGCGGCAAGAUGCGAUUGUCGGUGGCCGCCGCCAUCUCGCACGGGCGAGUGUACCGGCGGUUGGGGUUGAGCCCGCGCUCUCGCCUCGACCUGCUGCGUAACCUGGUGACGGCGUUGGUGCGGCAUGAGCGCAUCGAGGCGCCAUGGGCGAGAGCCGACGAGAUGCGGAGUUACGCGGAGCGGCUCAUCGAUUACGCCAAGCUGGGGGACACCAACGAGCGCGCCAUGCGCAUGGCGAAUUUCUGGCUGACGGAGAAGGACCUCAUCCACAAGCUGUUCAAGGUGUUGGCACCCCGGUUCCAGCCCCAUCCCGGUAGCUACACCCGCUUGCUGCAGAUCCCCAACCGGGAUGGCCUUGACCGCGCCAAAAUGGCGGUCAUCGAGCUGAAGGGGAACCCCUUCCCACCGCUCAUCUGCCCGCGCCGCGACACCGAGAAGACGCUGCUCAACCAGCUGCUGAAGGGCUAUCGGGAGGACAUGCAGCAGGCAGCAGCCCCACAGCCCCCCGAGGGCACCCCUGUCUAGGCACCCCUCAACCCUGAGGGACACCCUCUGCACACACAGGGAGGGAGCUUGGCAUAAGCUGCCCACCCCCUGGCCAGCUUGGUGCUGUCCCGCAGCACAGGCAUGGAAGGUGGCCCAGGAGGUCAGUCACUAACCUUGAGUUGCCAUGACAGGGGUGCAAGCUCAGGGUGUACCUCGUUCUUCCUGUGGUUUGAAUAGAGACUCAGCAAGAGAAAGAAAUCAAGCUGGGAGCCCUAAUGGUUUGUAUUCUCUGUGUAAAUAAACUGUUCAGAAAGUGA